UUCAAUGGCAAUAGCGGCAAAUUGUGCGGACGAUACAAGUUCAGCCAGCGACGUAUCAUCCUCCAGACAACAGACUGGAGAGGUACGAAAGAUAUAUAUAUGCCCAAACCCUCCACCGGUUCUAAACUCGCGCUCGUAGGUAUCCUCUCUCUUCUUCUCUUGUUCAUUCUUAGCAAACCUCAUAUGACGCAGCGGAGAUGUUCGUCGCUGCCUCGACCGCUCUUUCCCUUCCAGGGGAUGCCCGAAGAGCAACUUCCAUGCUCUCGCUCUCUUCAAUCUCUUCUGUCCUUCUCUUCUUCAAUCGCAGUCCCGCUCGCCUGGGCAGGCUUUCUUUCCGUCAUCUCUAGUCUCAUCACAAGGCAGGAGCGCCGGCAUGGUCUCUUAUAUCCUUCCUGUGAACCCGCUGCUCUUCCACAUUUCCACAACACACUCAUUUGUCUUCCAUCUUCUUGUUUCAACCCGUCUUCUUUCGUCAUUGCUGCUCUACGGCUUUUGGAUAGCUGCCCGCUCGUUGUUCGUUCUGAAAGUCAACAUCAGCACUGAGGUAAGUGAUGGACUGAUGCAUCAUCCUCUUUACAUCUGCUUCUAUAUUGGCUGUUUGGAAGAUUGACUGAGAGUUCUAGGAUAUUCGCAUCACAUCCAUCACUUGUCUCGUUGCUCUUUUGAAAGUUCCCUCCGUUGGUCCCAUCGUUCUCGUAAUUGCAGGUUGUUGUCAACGUAUCGCGC